GCUCACAAGGAGAGGGCGGCCCCCAAAAUACCAAACCCACCAACCUCUUCGAGACCCACCAAACUCCGAUCUCCAUUAAAGCCCUCCUCCUUCCUUCAUCUUCUUCCUUUUUAUUUUAUCAAUCCUGCUGGAAAUUAUCAUCGGCAAUGGCGUCCUCUCUCGCUUCCAAGUCAUUCCUCGGAUCCGCCAGACCCGAUUCGUCUCUGGGCUCUUCUCUUCCUCCGGAGCUCCGUCGUUUCUCCUCUCCCGCCGUUCAAUUCGGGCUCCGUACUCGAACCCGGAAAAAUCUCCAGAUAAAAGCGGCUGGGAGCACAUAUGGAACUCACUUCCGUGUUACCACCUUUGGAGAAUCACACGGUGGCGGAGUUGGCUGUAUAAUAGAUGGAUGUCCUCCGAGGAUUCCGCUCUCCGAGACUGAUUUGCAAUUUGAUCUUGAUAGGAGGAGACCCGGUCAGAGCAGGAUCACAACUCCUAGGAAAGAGACUGAUACUUGCCGCAUAUACUCUGGUGUCUCGGAAGGAUUGACUACCGGAACACCCAUCCACGUGUUUGUGCCAAACACGGAUCAGAGAGGAUUUGACUACAGUGAAAUGUCUGUUGCCUAUAGACCUUCGCAUGCUGAUGCAACUUAUGACAUGAAGUAUGGUGUCAGAUCAGUUCAGGGUGGUGGGAGAUCAUCAGCUAGAGAGACCAUUGGAAGAGUUGCUCCCGGAGCUUUGGCCAAGAAAAUCUUGAAGCAAUAUUCAGGAACUGAGAUUCUUGCUUAUGUCUCACAAGUCCACCAGGUUGUACUUCCCGAGGAUCUGGUAGACCAUGACGCUUUGACCCUCGAACAGAUUGAAAGUAAUAUUGUAAGAUGUCCUCAUCCUGAGUAUGCGGAAAAGAUGAUUGCAGCAAUUGAUGCUGUCAGGACAAAAGGAAACUCUGUUGGAGGUGUCGUUACCUGCAUUGUUAAGAAUGCUCCACGAGGGCUUGGGUCGCCGGUGUUUGAUAAGCUUGAGGCUGAACUUGCAAAAGCUUGUAUGUCUUUGCCUGCAACAAAAGGCUUUGAGUUCGGCAGUGGCUUUGCAGGUACAUUUCUGACUGGUAGUGAGCACAAUGACGAGUUCUAUACAGAUGAAUAUGGAAGGAUUCGGACGAAAACAAACCGUUCUGGUGGAAUACAGGGAGGGAUAUCCAAUGGCGAGGUAAUAAACAUGAGAGUAGCGUUCAAGCCAACUUCCACCAUUGGAAAGAAGCAGAACACUGUAACAAGGGAUAAGCAGGGAACAGAACUGAUAGCACGUGGCCGUCACGAUCCAUGCGUUGUUCCAAGAGCUGUUCCAAUGGUUGAAGCAAUGGUAGCUUUGGUGCUUGUGGAUCAAUUGAUGGCACAAUAUGCACAAUGCCAUUUGUUCCCCAUUAACCAAGAUUUGCAAGAACCUCUUGCAACCCACCAGAUCGAGCAGCAGCUCGAGGAUGCUUCUUUGUAGAAGACAGAAAAGCAAAAAAAAAAAACCGUUCUUCGAUUUUUAUGGGCACUCACAAAACUCGCCAGAGUUCAUAUUCCAUUGUUAUAUGGGUCUACAUUUUGAGUAUAUGUACUGUUGUUGAGUCAGGCGCGUGGAGUCGGAUCCAACACUCAUUCCUAAGUUUACAUUUUGUCUGUAAUAAAAGCAAAAAUAACAGUUUUGUGUAGUAGCUGUGGAAUUCAUUUGAGUUCCACUUGAGUGUCUUCUCGUAUGGUUA